AUGACACAAGCAACUUUUUACAACCAAUACCUGGAUACUGUUGAUGGCAUUUUCAGGCCUGAGCCAAUGGAGGCCAGGCGCUCCUCCGAGUCCGUUCCUAUAUUUGCAGGCGCAGUUCGAAGCUCGACAUGGCCAAUGUCACGAUAUGAACCAUUCGAGACCGAUCUCACCUCCGGCGGAGAUCGUUAUGGGAGUGACGACGGAAAUGCAAUCGACAGUAGUACAGAAGAGCCAGAGCCAAAGCCAGAGCCAGAGCCAGCAGCUAGCGAUCCCAAACCGCAGCCUCCUGAAGUGACAUUCGAAGCCAUUAACCCGCCUGAAGGAUACACACCGUUGACAUUCCGACCUACAAUCCUCACGCGACGAGUACUCUUGGCUAUCACCGCGUUCUAUCUCUGCAUCCUGGGUCUACUUGGGUACCUCAUCCAUCGCUCCCUUUCGUCAAAACGCUGGGAAAUCCGCAAUGUCAACUAUUACCUGGCAGCACGCUAUCUACCAGCAGUCAUUGGUGUUUGCACCAACGCGUUGUUCACAUCCACCACAUCGACUCUGCGAAGGUUUCUACCAUUCAUACAUCUAGCCGACCAGAAACAUUUCCUAAACAAAUACUGGGUGGGGCAAACGGUAUGUGCGCGAUACUUCCCUCUUUCGCAAAGAUUUCAUUGGAAAAUCUGGUUCCUGAUUUGUGGCAAUCUCACUAUCCACUUCACGAUAGCGGCGAAGGCCACCUUAUUUACCGUAGCAGACAAUGGUGGCCAUUGGCUAGUCUCUGUCAGGCUGAUAUCUGCGGCUUUCCUGGCCUUCGAGUAUCUACUCAUCGCCUCGAUUAACAUCUUCAUCGCAAUCAGAUAUGCGUCUUGUAGUACCGGUCUGAAAGCAAAUUGGGACCCCACAUCCCUGGCCGACAUCAUUUUGUUGUUCGCACCAUCAGAUACUGUGCCGAAGCUAAAGCAUAGCCUGGACUACAUCAGAUGGUACAACAUGUUUUCGCGCUCGGGACCAAAAUACAGGCUUGGUUACUGGAGAAUCACGAACGCGGCUGAACCAAGACCAUCCAUCAUCUAUGGGAUACGCGAGAUUAAUCCGAUAUGCCUCCUGCUCAUAGUCGUGGAUUGUCUCAGCUUUGCAGUGAUCCGGAUCUGGUUUUUCAACGGCACUGUUCUCAAAAUGGGGCCAUGGACCGUUCAAUCAAACGAUACCACCCCUGCGCCCAACGGUACUAGGUUCGUUACGCCAUGGAAAGAGUUCAUGCCGCCACCUGAUUCUUUCAGUCGCCAUGACAAAGCUGCUAUGACCCGCGACUCCCUGGCAUAUCUACUGCUAAGAUUUCUGCCGAUCAUGAUUGUAGGUUGGGCUGGAGGCUCGAUAACAACCAUGGACAUACAUCAUCGCUGGGUGCAGCCUUUCACCAACAUGUACGAGAAGGCCAGCCUUGUCUCGGAAACCCUUUUACUGGAUUACAUGACCGUGUCACCACUAGACGUCAUACCUCAAGCAUGGGCCAACGGAAACUACAGAGUGGUGUACUUUGGCGUCUUGAGUGCUCUCAACUGGGUACCGCCACUGAUAAUGACUGGUCUCUGUGCCAUCACUGAAACGGGCUCAGGAGUUGUUGUGCAACUUUCACCCACAGCUGCCUGCUGCGCAAUCGUCUAUUCGAGCAUUUACAUCUAUUCUUUGACGUCAUAUUGGCCUCCAGCCAAAAGGCGGCUGCCUAGGGAUGUCGGGAGUCUCUACGAUUACUUCUGCUUCUUCUACGACAGUCAGUUGCGAUGGUAUCCAGAAUUUGGUCAUGCGGCAUUCAGCAAAAAUAUCACAAAGGACGAGCUGCAUGCUAUGUUGCGGCUUAGACGGGAUGAGUUUCGCUUUGGCCUCGUGGGCGAUCCACAAGACCCGCAUCCUGGCCUCGAUGUUGCCAGACACGUCACCUGGGUUGCACCUAUACCCAGCAUCUACCAGCGCAUCAAGAACCUGUUCAGAAGACGGAGAAGCACAAGCAACGCCAACGACAAUGGGUCUGAUUCGAAUAGUGAGGAUGAUGCAAUUCCAUUGCAAGGCAUCUAUGCUCCGAUUCCUACUCGACAUCGUGGGUCGUCGAUCAGAGAAGCCCAUUCUCCAGCUGCUCUGUCGACUGCGGUACAUUGA